GUAAUAUAUGAGAGAUUGUGACCCAGUAACGCAGCUUUCGCAACGGGUCAGGACGCAGCUCCGUACAAGACGACACUGCCCCAAAGCAGAGGCAGUGCACAAUCAAGCCAAGUCUCGAUAUUUGGCGGAAACCAUCUCCCGGAAGGCGUCUUCUUGAAAAGUAAUGGCCAACCCUAAGACAUUAGGUGAAACUAAUCUAUACUUCUAUACUAAUAUAUAAAACUACAGUGGUUUUUACGGAUGUUCCGUUAUAACUACUGAACCAUGCAUCCGAUUGACUUGAAACUUGGUAUCCAUGUAGAAAAUACAUGUACUUAGUGGAUAGGCUAAUAUUUACCUGAGUGUUGGACUCUCUACACCAGUUGCGGGAGCGUUAAUCAUGAGAAUCUUUGUGGGGGUGAGAAAUAAUAAUGUUAAUUUUAAAUGCCCAGCGAAGCGGGCGGAUACAGCGAAUGUUUAUCUAUAAUUAUUAAAUAAUUGUGACCAUCAAUACGAAAAUCUAAACAUUCGUUAGUUUCUUUCUUUAAUAAUACAGCAAUGAAUGAAGAUGAUCAUAUUUUUACGACGAGUUGAAGGGGCUAUUUUUAAUCUCAGGAAAUUGCAUGUCGAUUAUAUUUUAAUUACAAAACUAACGCACAUGUCACAUCACACACAUCAGCGAAACAUACGUAUUCUUCUUCUUCUUCCAGUGCCUCUUCGAUCCUGAAGGUUGGCCGUUAGCUUUCUGUAUUCCUUUCUGUCAGUAGCCAGCCGGAACAGCUGUUCGACGGAGGCAACAUAACAUACGUAUAAUAGCAGUAAAUAUAUAUCUAUUUGAUCACAUUAACGCCUGUUUAAUUUCUGUGAUAGGUUGUAGGAUGUGGUAGGAUGAGCAAACGAAAAUUUUAAAUUUACGGAACCCUAUCGAACCCUUGUUUCGCGGCCAAUUUAACACUUUCCUUUAACGAAAUCAAAAAUAAAUUCUUGUAAAAAUGGCCGUCUAUUUGCUAAUUGGGCACUUUAGAAAUUAAACGAAGACUUUCGAAGCUAACAGAACUCAAAUAUCGUUUUUCAUUCGCCAACAAACAUGGCUUUGAAGAAGAUGCUCGCAUUAACUAAGGGUCUUGAAGAUCCGACGCACCCAUUGCUGGGGCCAACAUUAAAAGCUUUAUCCGUGUUUGGAUUAUGGCAAACGGGAAGUCAGAAAUCUACAGUUAUUUACAAUACGUUCCAUUUCUUGACUUUUUUGUUUGUAAUAACAGAAUACAUAGACCUUUACACGGUUAGGAAAGACCUUAGCAAAAUGCUAAAUAAUUUAUCAGUUACCGUUCUGAGCACAAUCUGCAUGAUUAAAACUCUAUCGUACGUCUGCCGCCAAUCCCAUUUGAAGGUUCUGGUACGCGAAAUAUCCGAACUGGAGCUGGAGUUGAUGAAAACCACCGACAAAAACAUAGUGAAACGCUUGAGGCAAUAUACGGUUUAUACCAGAGCGGUGACUUACGUUUACUGGUUUCUGGUUGUCGGUAUAAACGUUGUGCUACUUACAUCUCCAUUGCUAAAAUACGCGUCAUCCGAAAUAUAUCGCUCGGAAAUAAAGAAUGGUACAGAGCCCCCUCCACUGAUACUAUGCUCGUGGUUCCCAUUUGAUAGCGCUAGGAUGCCAGGCUACUUUUGGGCAACUAUGGUCCAUAUUAUUAUGUCAAUCCAAGGCUGCGGGGUCGUUGCCACAUACGAUAUGAACGCCGUCGCUGUAAUGUCUUAUCUCAAAGGGCAAACGAGUAUUUUAAAGGAUAAAUGUAAGGCUAUUUUCGAUGAGACAGCCUCAAGUAGGGAUGUUUUGAAUCGCAUUAGAGAUUGUCACAGACAUCAUAAUAUAUUGUUAAGACAUUACUACAUGUUCAACUCGCUGCUGUCACCCAUAAUGUUCGUCUACAUGCUCAUAUGUUCAUUUACGAUCUGCUGCAGUAUUAUACAGUUGGAUUCAAGUGAAACAACCAUAUCUCAGAGGAUUUGGAUCAUACAGUACUCGAUCGGACAGAUUUCACAAUUGUUUUUGUAUUGCUGGCAUAGCAAUGAAUUUGCUGCGAAGACCAGAGACCUAGAUAGAGGCGUUUACGAAAGCGAUUGGACGAAAGGAGAUGUAUUUCUUCGACGCCAAAUUCUGCUAUUAGCCGGAAAAUUGUCACAAACGUUAAUUUUGAACGCAGGUCCAUAUGCGUCAUUGUCCAUUCCUACGUUUAUAACUAUUAUGAAAGGAACGUACAGCUUCUACACAUUGUUCUCGCAAAUCCAAGACAGCGAGUAGUUUGAAGCGCUCAAGCUAACCUAUUAAAAUAAAAUAUAAAAUUUAAAGCACUAUGAAUUAACAAAAAUAUAAAAACCUUAGUUUCUUAUGGUCACAUUAAAUGUUAAAACUGA